UGCUCAUACAAAGUACUCUGACAUUCUUUUAUUACUCAUACUCACUGAAAAAGGAAAUUAUAUUGUUGGUACCUUCUCAUGCAAAAAAUAAAAGUCAAUGGGGAAAAAAUGCCACAGCAAGACAAAGAAAUGUCAACAACAAAACUGAAAUAUUUUCAUUCAAUUUCAGUAUACAAAUUCAUGUCUAUUAUUGACGCAUAAUAUAUGUGACGCGGAUUCUGGGACUUAUUUGAACGAUACCCCGAGGGAAUUUAGAGGUUCUCAUUAUGACGGUGCAAUCUCUCAAACUUCUCAAUCUGGCCCUAACCAUCGCCGUCGCCCAGAUUCUAUUCGCAGAUCCCCUGCGUGGAUGUUGCCGCCAGACACAAACUCCUGAACCAUGCCGUCACAUCCCCUUAGAGCAGAUCCAGACGAGGCAGAUUAUCGACGCCAAGGAACGCGGCAUCAUCGAUGACCUCCGGGCCAACAAGACCCGGACCUACCAAAACCAACAGCCGAUCAUAGAAGAGUUCACCGCGGAGCAGCAAGCCCAAAUCUUAAAGGUGUAUGGAGGAUUUGGGAGGAACCGAGAGGUCUAUGAAACUCUUCUUUGGGACGAUAAAGGGGUCUACAACAACCAAAAUGGCAACGAGACGACAACUUACCCGGUCCCAACCAAAUUUGUCCCCCGUCGUAAACGAAGAUCCACAGUAGCUCCAGGAGUUUCCAUUUGCCCUGUCAACAACAUCAUGACGACCCUCAUAACUGCAUUCGACACUGAUGAUGAGCUGCUACAGAUUGUCCAAUUCCCGGGAUUCAAUCAAUGGGUUCUUCGUCAAGAGUGCGUUAACUUAUUAUCGCCUCACGGUCAAUUGUCCGGAGGUUCGAGCUCAACACCGGUCGACAUCUCAUGCCAGACCAUUCAGAGGGCCGUCUACCUCGUCGCUAUCCGUCUCGACGACAAUGUCACAUCCGCGGACAUCGAUGUUCAAGAAGUCCAAGUGGAGUCGUGUGCAAGUUUUGGACCGUAGCUGUACAUUACCGAUUUCCCUUCAAAAUACAUAGAUAGAGGCCUUCAAAUGAAUGCGAAACGCUAAACCAUCAUAAAAACGUGUAUAAUGUAUAUAUUUCUACCUGACCUGAAUAAUUAUGUUAAAGUUUCAUGACCUAGGUCCAUACGUUUUAAAUUAUGAUGACAUUUAAAAAACUUUAACCUCGGUUAAGAUUUCAAUGUU